GUUGUUAGCUUAUUGUACGUCAAAUUUGCCUGUAUGUUGGCACACAUGUUUUUCAAUGCAAGUAAAUAUCUGAGUGUUAGAUAGUAGUAGUGUAAUGCUCCGGUAUUUUAUUCAAUUUUAUGAGAAACUUCAUUGUUGACUAAAUUUUUGCGAAAAUAAAAAAAUAAAAAAAAAACAUAAAAACCACGAAUUUUUUAGGUAGUCAAUAAUUAAUAAGUAAUUGAUAUCAAUACAAAAAUAUUAAAAGAAAUAAUGGGCUUAGACGAUGACAAUGCAAAUUUCAACUUUGUUGAUAAUGAAGCAUACACCGAGGACAAUGUCUUGAUCUAUAACAUAUUCGUUUACAAAAUAGCCCAAAAGAUUACUGAAACUCACUUAACCGAAUAUUUUCAAAAAUUUGGGAAAAUUAUAAAAUUGAGCGUCAGAAGACCAGCAAACCCCAAUAAUCAUCGGAAUCGAGCUCCUAAAGUAGGAUUUGUUAAUUUCGCUGAUCCGAAAUCAGCAGCCAGUGUUUUGAAAACGCCGUAUCACUUUGUUAACUGUAAACCUAUUGGUGUGAAGGCAUGCGACAGCUGGCAUCAACCUGAUGCACAACAACAGAAUGUGGACAAAGCAGAGAAGGAUGAAAAUUUAGAACAAACCGUUCCAUCUGCCUCAAUAUUAAACUUAAACGAUGACUGUUUAGAACAGAUUUGUAAGCAUUUACAUUUACGCGACCAAAUUCAGUUCGCCCGUACAUGCCAGCGUUUUCGCGAUGUUUUUGAGAUGAUAUCUAAAAUUAAAUAUAAAAAACUAAUUCUAGAAGAAGUUCAGACUCUUACGUUGUGGCAAUUGCGAGACUUUUUACAAAUUGUUGGGCCGCAUGUGGAGACAUUGAUGGGUACAAUAACGGCGAGAAAAAGUAGGCGGAUUGGUGAAUUUUUAGGCACACAUUGUAUAAAUGUUAAGACGGUUACCAUUGAUACUACGCGUUUUAAGCCACUGUUUUUAAAAAGAUUAUUGCAAAGAAUGAAAUGCUUAAACGAACUGGAACUGCAAGAUGUCACCUUGACUGAUCGUUGUGUGGAUGUAUUAAAAAAGUUAACAAAUUUAAAAAUCUUACGCGUACCCCGGAAUUGUGAAAUAACUGGAAAAUAUAUUGAGCAAUUGUGCGGAGUUCAAGAGCUUUCUUUAUAUGGUUGCAGUGGUAUUCAAAGUACUGCUUUAGUUGAAAUAUGUAAAUCUCUGACAGGAUUACGAAUACUUGAUAUAAAACUUUGCAAUCGUUUAGAUACGUCAGCUUUUCAAGGCAUUGCCAAGUAUUGCCGAAAUUUGGAAACAUUAAAAAUGUCUUGCGACUCAGCUCAAUAUGAAUGCAUAGCCAAAUUACCAAAGCUUAAAAAUCUUGAAUUAUUCGCCCAAGAAUUUUUACGAUCACAAAUAUUCAGCGAAUUAGCUACGCAUCAAGCCCACCAAUUAGAAUCAUUGAAAUUGAAAGCCGCACAUUGUAUCAAUUAUAAUAAUACUGUAAGCAUUGCCCAGUUGAAGAAAUUAAAAAUUCUUUGCUGCCCUCUAAACGAAGCUUUGGUUGAUGGCACCCUCAAGGAAUUUGCAGAGUUAACUGAAUUAGAAGAGAUCAACGUAAAAGGCUGUAAUAAUUUCACCAGCGAAAGUCUGUUGCAUUUAUUAAGAAAAUGUCUUAAAUUAAAGCGUGUCAAUAUUACGCGCUGCAAACAAUUGGCGGAUCAAUUUGUUUUAGAGACGUGUAAGGUUCUACGGAAACAACAACGCAAGGAACCAUUACUGAUUUUUGCCAAUCGUUCUGGAAUUGAUCGCUUUAUUUUUGAAAAUCCAGAUGUUAAAAAAUAUUCAGACAUAUUGAAAAUCACAUUUGAUGUUCCAUUCUUCGAUGGUCAUUUCUAUGAUGAUGUCGAAGAUAUUUAUGAUGAUAUUUAUGAUGGUUCGGAAUUUGACGAAAACGAUGAUGAUGAUGAUAUUUAUUAUCUUGGAGAUUAUGGAGAUAUGGACAGCGACAAUGAUGAAGACUUCUUGUUUCACGAUGAAGAUGACAUGGGAGAUAUUUACAAUCAUUUCUUUCAUGUUUAUGGGCGUUUUCCAGAAUACGAUGAUGUUAUUGACGACUUUUGGUAAAUCAGCAAAACAGGGCAUUUAUGAAAUGAAUUCCGAAGCAAUCUACUGAAGAAUACGGAGAGAAGCGAGAGAAAGAUCAAAAAUUUAUCGUAAGAUGUUGUCAGUAUUAAGUCGUUAAUUUAUUGAAGAGUUUUUAUUUUUCCCCUUUUUUGAUAAUAUACGAACUGAUUUGUUUAUAUGAUUUAUGAAUUUGUCUAUUAUUACGAGAACAAAAAUUGAAUUAAUUUCUGUAUAUUUCCUAUU